GCAUUUCUCUUUUCCACAGAGUCUGACUACACACACGAUGCCUUCUGCAUGAGCGAGUGCAGAAAGGAGAAGGAUGAGAGGGAAUAUUACUGCUACAGUGAGUUUGCUGUCAACGGAAUCGUUCACGAUAUUGAUGUGUUGAGGAAAGGAGUUCGAUUGAUUACGCUGAUGGUUAGCGCCGACGGCUUCUACAAGAUGAGUCGUCUCUAUGUUACUCCAGACAGCUUCUUCUUUAAGGUUCGCCUCCUGGUAUUGGACACCUACAAGUGCAGUAAGCCCUGCCCUGAUCUCAAGCUUGGUGAGUGAGAAAUCACAUCUAAGACUAAGAUGU